UUAAUUUAAAUAAAAAUAAAUAAAAGAUCAAACUAAGACUAGAAGCCCUUGUUCAAACCAGAAGAUCAAACACAAAUGCAUCCUCCGGCGCCGGCGAACUCAGUGCCCGGAAAUACUAUUGAUCCUUCGCUCAUCAGAAUUUAUCGCGCUUGGAAAGGAAAUAACGUGUUUUUUCUUGGAGGGAGGUUUAUAUUUGGACCUGAUGUGAAAUCUAUAUUUACAACGCUCUUUCUUGUGAUUGCUCCUGUUGCUGUUUUCUGUGCUUUUGUAGCUAGAAAAUUCUUUGAUGAUUUCCCCAAUCACUCUGGAUAUUCAAUUUUGAUUCUUGUUAUUCUUCUCACAAUCUUUGUUCUGAUUGCUCUUAUACUGACCUCAGGAAGAGAUCCUGGCAUAGUGCCUCGCAAUUCUUAUCCUCCACUCCCAGAUAAUUAUGAUGGAAGUGACAGUAACAACAGUGAACAAAAUCCACCACCACAUUUACCACGAUCCAAGGAAGUAAUUGUCAAUGGAAUAGCUGUGAGAGUAAAAUAUUGUGAUACUUGCAUGCUGUAUAGACCUCCCCGCUGCUCUCAUUGCUCAGUAUGUGAUAACUGCGUGGAGCGAUUUGAUCAUCACUGCCCAUGGGUUGGUCAGUGUAUUGGACUGCGCAAUUACCGGUUCUACUACAUGUUUGUUUUCUCAGCAACCAUGCUUUGCCUUUAUGUUCAUGCCUUUUGCUGGGUUUACAUCGUGAGGAUCAAGAACUCAGAGGAGAUAUCGAUCUGGAAAGCAAUGAUCAAAACCCCUGCUUCCAUUGCACUAAUAAUAUAUUCAUUCAUUGCUGUCUGGUUUGUUGGAGGACUCACUUGUUUCCAUACAUAUCUAAUCAGCACAAACCAGUCUACUUAUGAAAAUUUUAGAUACCGGUAUGACCGGCAAGUCAACCCUUAUAACAAAGGGGUAAUUGAGAACUUCAAAGAAGUAUUCUGCUCUUCCAUUCCCAUAUCCAAAAACAGUUUCAGGUCCAAGGUUCCAAGAGAACCAACAGAAUCAUCUAGACGAAGAGGUGUUGAUACCCUUAUGAUGCCCGUUUACAAUGAGGCUGAUGAGGUGGAAAAAGAUUAUAAAGACGAGGAAUAUGGCAAGAGUAGUGAUUUAAGUGAUACAUCUGUGGAUUUAGGCAGUAUGCUUCACACAGAAAGGGGACAGAGACAAGUUGCUUCCUUUCUAAGGCAGUCCUUGUGGGAACAAAGCAGCAGAAAAUGGGAAACAGCUUCUGAUGUUCUUGAUGAGGUACACGAAGAUGGGGAAUCAAAGCGGAUCACCAGUGAUAGUAGUAAUGAACCUGAUGGCAACUCAACAAAAACACCUCUAUAAUUUCAGAAAAAUUCAAAGAUGUAAAUUAAAACUACAAAGAAAAAUAGGUGGGGGAUAGGGAAGUACGGCUUGUGUUUCUUUGGUUGAAAAAUGUCAUUGGAUCUUGCUCAUUGAUUACUGAGUUUUAUUUUUUUUGAGUUAUUCUGUGGUGAUAUAGUUUUUUAAAGGUGGCACUCGUGUAAAGAAGUAGAAGAUGGUGAAUAGAAAUUGUGGAAAGUGAUCCUUCCAUUAUGUUCAUUUACUUUUUUCCCUUCAUUUCUUUUGUUUUUGUCCUUAUACUAUUGCUCCGAGAAUUUAAUUGCCGGCACCAUUUGAUUUGA